AUGAAGACUACGCCUAAGAUAUUUUAUCGCCAGAUUGGAGAAAUCGUUUUUUCCUCCAAGCCUGGCCGUUUUGUUCCAAAAAUCUUCGUUGUUGGCGACAACAUCGACCCUAGCGACUUGCAUGAGGUCGUCUGGGCGGAAGCGACCAAGUCGCCGCCACAGGACAGCGACUUCUUCUUUGUAGGCAACUAUCCAAUCUACAAGCUAGUACCAUAUGCCACUUACGGCCUCAACACUAACGAGCCGCAAGCCAAAGUUGUUAGAUUGUGCAUGUUGCCGGGGGAAUUCAAGACUUUGGACCGGCCUUGGGUUGAAGCUUCUUUCCGUUCGUCUUUUCCGGAACAGAUCAAGAAAAAGGUCUUGGAGAGCUGGCAGGCGUACGGGUAUAAGACAAGAGAUCCUCUAAACAUAUAA